UUGAUUUUAAUUAUUUUUGUCGUACGUUUUAGACGCGAGCCCAUAUUCUGUCACGACUAUCAAAAUGGUGCCUGUCGUAGACCAUCGUGCAAGUUUCUUCACUAUACAAAGAAGGAAGAGGAAUUCUUCCGCCUUCAUGGUGUUGUUCCGCCCGCACACACUUUCGAGAACCCUUCUUUGGAUGCAAGCAUUCCUGUUUGCAAGGACUUCCUUAAUCAUAAUUGUCAUCGCGGUUCUUCAUGCAAGUUCCGGCACGGCAAAUCAAUUUCUAAUUUAGUUGCUGCUGACACCUUGGCUGACCAUCCCUCCAGAAACCCCGUAGUAUGCCUUAGUCAGGAUCACCAGGUAUACUCAAAUCUUCCGAACAGUUUAUUGCAACACCAAUUCCCAAAUAACGGCGCAAUCCCGGUGUCUCCACCCCGAACUUCCCAGUCAGCCGUUACAACACCUGAGACAACAGCCAUGGUUGCAGCCGCAGCUGCUGCUGGUUAUCUGGCUAUGCAGAAACACGGGCAUCAGCGUCAGCACCAGCACAACACUGGAGGGCAGGGUCCACCGGCGGUAACAUCGCUUCCUACCUCCGCCCUGCCUCCCGCUUCGGCUGCCGCUGUUGCCGCUGCCGCUGCUGCUACGGCGCUUGCAACCACUCAUCAGCAUCAACGGCAACAGGAUCCUUUGAACCAACGAUACUCUGAACCUGCAUUAUCUGCUACCCAGUCUACCACCAUUCCUGUUAUGCAAUCUAUUUUGGGGGCCGUCACUUACUCAAAUGCGCUACACCCACCAAAUUCAAAAGAUUCCGCCUACCCAGCGUCUAGCUCACUUCCGACCACAGAUAUCCCCACUGAGGCCACUUGUUCUUAUUACAAAGGAAAUAACGUAGUACGCACUUGUCUGACUCAAUCCCUUUUCUGCGUCCAACAAGACGACGAGGCCGCCUCUCCAAAUGAAUACCGUCUGCCGGCUGCCUCUAGUCAUUCGGUCAUCUCAACAAAUUUCGCCAAUCUUGAUGCAAUGAAAAAGCCAGUAACUUCGUGUUCUGGUUUCAAUCAACACCGACAGCAGCAACAAGAUGCAAAUACAGCAGCAGCAGUGGCCGCUGCAGCUUGUUUUGGUGCCAUGCUGUCUCAGCCAGUCGCUGCUGCGGCCGCCGCCUCUCGUGCUGUAGCGUCAAAGCCAACCGCCGAAGAUAUUCUCUCUCAAGCGGUGAAUGGGGACCGUAGUCUCACAUCAUUGCCCCCCUCGUCCUCUGCAAUAGCGGCGCAAUCCUCCGCCACCGUCGCACUACCAUCGGCACCUCCUCCAGCGCCUCCACCAACAGCCGUCGCUGCUGCCGCCGCUGCUGCUGUAGCUGCUGCAGUUGUCAGUUCAGCUGGACCUUCAGCCGCUGUUGCGGCAAUGUCCGCAGCCCAUCUAGCAACAUCUUCAUUCUCCCACGCUCACCCUGCCACGCAUGUCUCCUGUGCUCCAGCUGGAACCGAAUCUCCACUAACUGUCAGCGAAAGUCAGUUCGUCGCCCACAUGACACCGACGUCUGUCGUUGACCCAUUGGUUAUCAGUAGCCACCAGAGAAUUUGUGGCCCCACCGAUGCACGUGUCGAGGUGUACGGUCCUGAUGAGGCUGUAUCGAUUCGUCGUACUGUGCCGCCUCCACCAUCUCCACCCUCUGCAAUGUCUACGAUGCCUGCCGCGACACCCUCCCAACUUGGCUCCUCCGCAGCGACUGCCGCAUACACCGCUACUAUGACAACAGCUGCUGCUGCAGCCGCUAUGGCAGCAGCAGUCGCCGUGGAAGAACACAAUCAAAAGAAAAACGCCGCUGCCGCUGCCAUGGCCGCAUUUAAUGGGAGUGCUGCGCUUGCCCACGGUGUCCAGAGCAUGCCGCGGAUCGCUGAUCAGUCUCCGAUUUCACCCGAUUCUAUGUCAUCUUCAAGUCAUAUCUCGAAAAUUAAGCCUUCCAUCGGAGGUGCGCCGGAUGUUUAUCUAAAAACCAAAAUUGCUCUGGCGAACGGCAAUGUGGGGUCUCAUCGUCGCAUGCGUUGUCGACGAAGCAUGCGACAACCUCAUUUUCCCUCAGCUUUUGAUGUCGUCGACGACGAGAGCUUCGAAGAAAGUUACUAUGAGGAUGAAGAGGACGAUGGAGACGAAAUUACGAACGCCGCAUUGACCAUACGCGAAAGCGACCGCAAGGGUCUUCGGCCAGAUCGACCGGGUUCUCCUGAUUAUACAUUUGGGCGCAGUCUUCCUAUCGUGGAUAAACCUCGCCAGCGUUCACUUUCCUAUCCUGCAUGUAAUCCCCGAUCAGGAUCGACCCCAUACAAAGAAGGGGAUAAACUAGGUCGAGUUGACUCAUCAAACCCUGGGCGUUCUUCUUCGUCAAUACCGUUGUCUGCACAUACCUCUCCCAUUACUUCUUCGGUGGUAUCGUCUCGCCCAUUUAUCGAUUGUGGAAUUCCCUCUAAACGACCUAAGCUUGUUAGCCCCCUUAGUAGCAAUUGUGUUGUUUCUCCACCCUCUUCGUCAAAAUUUGCACGUCGACGAUACCACCACUUUCCCAGACGAAUUCGGCGACUUGAUAUGGAAUCUGAAAUGGAUGUCGAAGAUGAAGAAGAGGACUUCUGUUAUGAAGGAGCUACUGAGUACUACAGCUCAACGACAGUAGUUACUCCACCAUCUUAUCGGGAACGCCUGCAUGCUCUUAAACGAGAGAAUGUCCAACUGAGACUGCAUCUACAAAGAGUUAUGCAGCAGCGCAAUCACUUACAGGUUGAGAACCACGCUCUGCUUAAACAAAAUUUGAAGUUAAGAAAAUUUGGCGGUACAAGUAAACGGUUGAACGAUUGUUCUAAUAAUUUGUCUGUAAAGCCUGCGACACCGUCUUUUCUGUCUUCCGAGACGAGAAGGCGAUUCCUCCAGUCGCCCUCGUGUCCAAAACCACCCUCAUCAGUCUCCGAAGGUACAAUUUCUGGUAGUGUUUUCUUUCUUUUUUUUAAAAAACUGGGUUUCUGGGAUUUUUCCUGUACUGUUAUAAAUAAUUCUCACGUAUCGGACUGUCCUCACUUGUAG